GCAGCAGCACUUGGCAGUUGGUGUCGAUAGCCAAGUCAUUUAGGUUUUAUCUUUGGUCAGGGACAGCUGGUACGUCGAAACCUUCUCCAUCAUCAAUCCAUUUAAAAAAUGAACACAUCCGAUUUGGAAUCAGUGACUUCCGGAACCGAACCGGAGGAUUUCCAUGGAACUGAAACGAUCUCCGACAUCGAACGCAGUCUAGCUCAGCGAAUGCUACUGCACGUCUACAGCACUGCCGGAAUAGUCGCUGCCCGUCAGUUAAACUUUUGGGAAGAUUUUCGCUCCAGCAAUCCGGACGUCGAAAUGCAAGCUCGUGAACUACGGGCAAUGUUUUUCGAGGAAGUGCUCAAUGACUUGGAACACUACGACGAUCUGGCCUACGAGGUGGUACAGUAUCUUAAUCCGAUCUUCAACCAGUAUCAACGGGGCGUGCUGGAAUUCGGUGAUUUAGCAGAAGGCGAAGAUUUCCUGUUGAACGUUCCACAGAGCGUCGCCGGUGGUGGACUUGCUUUUGAAGAAAUGGUCAAUUACGUUUCGGCACCGAUCGUCACCAGUCAUCAGCUGCCGAUGGUUCCGCUAAAUUUGGAGUUGGUUUCUGCUUCGAGCCGACCGCGACCAUCAUCCAGAGAGGAUGAGCUGGCCAAGCAAUUUGCUCGGUUGCUAAGUGAAAUCGUAUGGACUAAAGAAGAAGCUAUUGAGAAACCGGUCCUGGGGCUUACGGAGCUUCGUGAGCGCACAAUGGUUCUUACCAAAGCUGGAAUAUCUUUGAAGCAUCUUCUGAAACCGGGAAUGCAGGCACACACGCUACAGAGUCGACAAUUCGAAACCGAGAAACCGACCGACGUUGAUCAAGUGGUGCCCGUGUCUUCCGGCAAGAAAAGUGCAACGAAACGGUGGAGAUCUUUCGAUGAUUCGGGAUUGGGUCUUUCGCCCAGUAAGCGGUCCCUGCUGAUGACUCCCGCUAUCGCGAGCACUAGACCUCGAAAGCAGCACCAACUUCUGCGGCGGUUGGUGUCAGCACCGGCGGAUUCGUAAGCUUUAAAUAUCGAAAAACUUUUAAUUUGUUCCGGAAAAGUUAUUUUAUUCUCUACUUUGAAUUCAUUUGAUUACAUAUUA